GAGUAGAAGCAGGCCUGCUGUCAACACAUCAUUGUCAUGAAGUGAUUUGAUUGGUCGAGAAGUAAACCAAAUGUUAAGAUCAGGCGAUUGUCAAUCAAAUAGUAUGUUAAUUUCCACUCUGUACAGAAGAAGAAAAUUUAUGCAGGUUCGAAAGGAAAAAAAGAAAACAUCCACUGAACGUAACCUUUCUCUGAAGCUGGGAGGUGGCCGUGACGAGAAGGCGAGAGACUGCGAGUGAGAGAGAUCGCGUUUGUGGUAUUUAGAGUUAGUUGAAAGGGUUAAAAAAGAACCGUCUUAAAAUGGCGGGGCUCGAUUGCGGCAGAAAUUGUUUGAAGUUCCUGCUCUGUGUCUUCAACUUAGUGUUUUGGGCCGCAGGUAUUGCAGUCAUGUCCGUGGGGAUCUUUGCACGAGUAAGUGCCAAUAACUACGAGGGACUGAUGGACCAAACUGGCUUCAAGUCUGCCGCCAACAUUCUGAUAGCCGCGGGAGCCCUGGUAAUGAUCAUCGGAGCUAUCGGAUGUUGUGGAGUGAUGAAAGAGAAUAAAUGGCUGCUUCUUUUGUAUUCGUUCCUGGUGCUGAUGAUUUUCAUUUUGGAGAUCGCGUCUGGAAUCAUGGCCUAUGCUCAAAGAGACAAGGUUAUCAGCAAGAUAGAAAGCAUGGUGAACAGCGCUAUCACGAAGGACUACGGACAGACAGAUCACGAGAAAUUAACCAAGGCCAUUGAUAAGGCACAACAAGAUUUGAAGUGCUGUGGUGUUUCGGGUCCGUCUGACUGGAAAAACUCAUCAUGGUACAAGAACAGUGAAAAAAAAUCUGAACUUUACCCCGAGUCGUGCUGCAAAAACCAAGUUCCAAAUUGUAGUGCGUCGCCCAAAAGUGAAGACAUCUAUCAAGAAGUGAGUAUGACAACAAUUAUUUCCUCCGUUGCAGACUACGGUGAAACGGCCACUCGUGAAAGCUGCUUGCAUAGUCUACACUCCUACAGAACAUAGAAAUGAUAUCAUAAAAUGCGUAAAUAGUGAUACAGUAAAACCCGUGUAUAAGAACCUGUUAGGCUAAAAUUUCCCAGUUUAGCAUCUCUCACAUAAGAACCAUGCUAGGCUAAAAUCGCAAUACAGGUUCUUAUUCUCAAAAUAUAGAGUUUCAAAUAUAAA